UUCAGUGCCACUUAGCUGUACUGUGUCUCUGUGCAUGCAGUGAAAUGGCUGAAGCCAGAUUUUCUCAUGACCAGUUCAGAUGCCCAGUGUGUCUGGAGUUGCUGAAGGAUCCAGUGACCAUCCCCUGUGGACACAGUUACUGUAGGGGCUGCAUUACAGGCCACUGGAAUCAAGAGGAUCAGAUACGAUUCUACAGCUGCCCUGAAUGCAGACAGACCUUCAGACCAAGACCUGUUUUAAAGAAAAGCACCAUGCUGGCUGAAGUGGUGGAGCAACUGAAGAAGAGUAAACUCCAAACUGCUGUUCCUGCUGGACCUGGAGAUGUGGAGUGUGACGUCUGUACUGAAAGAAAAAACAAAGCCAUCAAGUCCUGUCUGGUGUGUCUGAACUCUUUCUGUCAAAAUCACCUUGAACAACAUGAGAAUCUCUUCAAAGGAAAGAGACAUGAUCUAAUAGAUGCCACUGGACGACUUCAGGAGAUGAUCUGCCAUCAACAUGAAAAACUGCUAGACAUUUACUGCCAGACUGACAAGCAGUGUAUAUGCAUGGCCUGCAUGGUGGAUGAACACAAAAGUCAUGAGACUGUAUCAGCUGCAGCAGAGAGGACCGAAAAACAGAGACAAUUAGACGAGACACGGAGAGAAUUCCAGCAGCAAAUCCAGGAGCGAGAGCAGAAGCUUCAGGAGCUGAAAAAGGCUGUGAAAACUCACAAGCGCUCUGCACAGACAGCAGUGGAGGACAGUGAGAGGAUCUUUACUGAACUCAUCAGCUCCAUUGAGAGAAGACGCUCUGAGGUCACACAGAUGAUUAGAGAUCGAGAAAAGACUGUAGUGAGUCGAGCUGAAGCACUUAUGAAGCGACUAACACAGGACAUUGGUCAACUAAGGAGGAGUGAUGCUGAACUACAACAGCUUUCACAGACACAUAAUCACACCUAUUUCCUCCAGAGUUUCCCGUCUCUCCCUGUUCCUCCUGGAUCUCCAGAUGUUCCCAGCAUCACUGACAGUUCUUUGGAUGUUGUAGGAAAAUCAGUCGCUAAACUGAGACAGAAACUGGAGGAUUUCUGCAGAGAAGAGAUUGAAAAACUUUCUGGAAGAGUGACAUGCAUCCAGAUCAUUCCCACCCCAGAAUAUGAGAGCAGGAAAGACUUCCUACAGUAUUUCUUCCAGUUCACUCUGGAUCCAAACACAGCACAUCAACGUCUCUUUCUAUCUCAGGAGAACAGAGUGGUGACCUACAAUGACACAGUCCAGGAGUAUCCUAAUCAUCCAGAGAGAUUUAGUUAUUGGUGGCAGGUGUUGUGUAGAGAGAGUGUGAGUGGACGCUGCUACUGGGAGGUGGAGUGGAGUGGGAUUGGAACUGUUGAUGUGUGUAUAUCAGUGUCAUAUAAGAGCAUUAACAGGAAGGGAUGGGGUUAUAAGUGCAAAUUUGGAAGUAAUGAUCAGUCCUGGAGUUUAAUCUGCUCUCCUUCCAGUUACACAUUCUGUCAAAAUAACAAACAGACUGAACUCUCUGCAGUGUCAAGCUCCCGUAAAAUAGGAGUGUAUGUGGAUCACAAAAUCGGAAUUCUGUCCUUCUACAGCGUCUCUGACACAAUGACCCUCAUCCACAGAGUCCAGACCACAUUCACUCAGCCACUCUAUCCUGGGUUUUGGAUUAAUUUAUCAUUUGCUAGUAGAUUAUUUGGAUUAGCUAAAUAUCCAACAGUGAAACUGUGUGACAAAAUAUAGAUUGUCCAGGGAUACUGAAUUGCCUAAUAGUCAGUGGGAUUUGGCAAGAAUGCUGUUGCAUAGUAACAAUACACACUCGUUAAUGUAACAGAUUUGUUUAUUUGAAGAAAAGAUGAGCAAAGAUCUUUAGAUCUUCAGUUGGGCCUUACCAUUUAGAGUGUACAUGCAUGUAAGAUUACUGUCAAUAUUUCAUGCUUAUUACAUUUCACAUAAAGUUAUUUUACAUUAGUUUUGUUUCUUUAGUAUAUAGGCAAGGCAAAUUUAUU